AUGUUGACAUUUUUUACUGCUCCAGAACCAGAAGAACUAGGGAAUAGUUCUUCUGCACCACUUUCACAGACUCGAACCAGGGGCUCCACUAAUCUAUUUAGUAAAUUAACUUCAAAGCUCACAAGAAGUCGCAACGUAGCUGUGGAUCAGAAGGAUGAAAACAAGGAAGCUAAGCCCCGUUCCCUGCGGUUUACUUGGAGCAUGAAAACCACCAGUUCUAUGGAUCCUAAUGACAUGAUGAGGGAGAUUCGGAAGGUCUUGGAUGCCAAUAACUGUGACUAUGAACAAAGAGAGCGUUUCUUGCUUUUCUGUGUCCAUGGAGAUGGGCACGCAGAAAACCUUGUACAAUGGGAGAUGGAGGUGUGCAAACUGCCAAGACUGUCACUGAAUGGAGUUCGCUUUAAGCGAAUAUCGGGAACAUCCAUAGCUUUUAAAAACAUUGCUUCCAAAAUUGCCAAUGAAUUAAAGCUGUAAUAAGAAAAAGAAUUAAGUUGUAAAUUGAGUAUCAAUUGCAAGUUUUUUUGAGAACACCGAUGGAAAUGUAUAGAAUAACAUUCUAUACAUGGGGAACUAGCAGA